AAGUUUACAGAAUAUAUGGUUAGGCAGUUUAUGAAAGAAGAAGCCUUGCAGGCUCAGCAUCAGCAAUCAUUAUUAAAACUGAGAGAAAAUGCCUUAAUGGAGAAGACAAAAGCAGAGUUACAAUGGUUAGAGCAGCAAAGACAACGAAUCCGAAACAAAGGUGCCGAUGAUUCAUACCCUCAGAUCAAGAAACGACAGAGAGGCCUCAAGAUGAAGUUACAAGAACAACAAGAAGAGAUUCGUAGAAUGAGAGAAGAGAAUAAAGCAGCAGCAAAAGAACGACAGCGUAAAUUAUACGAAGAAAUCACAAAACGACAGGCGUCUCAGAGUAAGACAAAGUCUGUAGCCACACCAAGAGGUAGGCUUGGACGACCAAAAGAAGUUCACACUGAGGCAGAAGUUAGCUCGAUUGACGAGGCAUCAGAUGCCGAGAAACAGCGAAAGGAUUAUAAAUCUGACUCUGAGAUCUACACCGAGCCAAAGAUAAGUGGAAGAAGAUCCAAACAAAAUCCUGAAAAAUACAAGAAAAUUCAUCUGGAUGAAAAGUAA